AUGGUGGUGCGAGAAGCCUGGCGCCCGGAGGUGGGCCGCUACCUGGAGGUCUCCCGCGCGGUGCGCGCCGGCGAGCUGCUGUUCCAAGAGGAGCCGCUCUUCUUGUCCUCCCGGGUUGAGAGCGUGGCCUUGGUGGAGGAGCUCUUCGACGAUCUACAGGAGGAGGCCUGGUCUUUACCUCUGGCGACACAGGUGUUCCUGUGUGUGCUCAAGGAGCUGCUCGAUUCGGGUGGCCAGGGGUCCGAAGCAGGAAGCGUGGCAGCGGGGUGCGCCUGCGAAGCCUCUGCGUGCGAAGCCUGUCCGAAACUUGAGAAGCUGGCCUAUUUGAAGGGACAUGUCGGGAAGUGGCACUCCUCGGCCAUGAUGCUCUACCAAGGUUUGAAGGCGCAGGUGGCGGAGCGCGUCUCCUCCGAGCGCUUCGAGGAGCUCUACGCCACCUGCGCCACCAACGCGCACGAGGCAGAUGGAGGUGACGGAGCGGCUCUCUUCCUAAAGGGUUCGAUGGCGGAGCACAGCUGCAGGCCCACGGCCUUUAAGCAGAUCCGCGCGGGGAGCGGGAGCGUCCCGCAGGGCGAGACACGGUUGGUGGUUCAUGCGCUGAGAGACCUGGACGUAGGGGAAGCCAUCUCGAUCUCCUACAUCCCCGAGUACUAUCCGACCUGGCUUCGACAGAGCAUGCUGCAGCACGGCUUUAAUUUCCAGUGCGGAUGUGAGCGCUGCCUGAGUGGUGGUGCGGAGCUCUGCUGCUGCUUUGUAUGCCCUGAAUGUGAGGGCCCUUGCUGCCCGCCCGGCGCCGUCUACGAGGAGGGCGCCUAUGAGCUCCUCCGCUGCGAGGACUGCGGCUUGGAGCUGCACGACACGGAGCUGCUGGGCGCCCUGAAGCGGGCCGAGCGCUGCGAGGAGUUUGCCACGACAAUGUCCGGGAAGCUGCAUCCGUACCAUUUCAAGAUCUUCCACAUGUACUUAAAGCACCUGGACCAGGUACCGGCGGGCACGGCGCUGCAGAUCUUGCCACAGCUUCAGGAAGCCUUCCAUCGGCUGCGGCCCGUGGAGAAGGGACACCCCCUGCAUGCGCAGCUGGCGCAGUGUGCAGCGGAGUGCUGGGAAAAGGUGGAGGAUGAAGAGCAGGAAGCAGGCCUUGCCUGGCUCCGCGCCGCCGAGCUCUACGACCUCUGCGCGGGGCCUGCCUCGGCGGACGCGGCGCAGUGCUGCCGCGCCGCCCAGCGAGCGACUGCGAGCGGCCAAAACGACGCGACGUGGAGGGGCCACACGGGAUCUGGGAUGGACGAGGUUGGGAGAAGAGAUGCGGAGUCUGCGAGGCGCUGA